AUGGCACAAGGCAUGUACGCAGCCAUGGACGCGUUUGUCCAAAGUGCAGCCAUGAAAGUGGACUGGACGCGGCGUCUGAGCGUUGUAGACCGACUGCGCCAUUGGAUCCGACAUCGAUUUAUUCCUGCGGUCGGUCUCUCAACACCGAAUGAUGUGGCCGACUGGGAGAAUACAGCUCUCGAACGUCUGGCGAAGCAAAGAAUCAGACAUAUUUUGGACUACGUCAAGGCCUGGCCGCAUUCCACUGGAGCCAUAUUAGACCUGAGAGAGUGUAUGCAUUCGUCAGAAGUCAAAGUUCUGAUUGCAACUUCUUUCACGCAGCAGCUAAGUCGUCGCAUGCUACAUGCUGGUGUGACAACAUCGGAGCUACUCAGCAUCUAUAUCAAUGUCAUCAUGGCGUUCAAGACCCUGGACCCGCGAGGCGUACUCUUGGAUAAAGUGGCUGUUCCUUUGCGCGCUUACCUCAGACACCGCGAAGACACCGUCAGAAUCAUUGCAGCAAGUUUUCUUGCUGAUGUCGGCGGCAAUAGUGAUUGUGAUAACAGCCACGUUGGAAACUCGUCCGAAGAAGUGUGCGACGACCUAGCCCGAGAAAUCAACCUAUCGGAGGGUCAAGCGCUGCAUGUAGAGCACAGGGGUCUUGAUUGGGAUGACAUGGAAUGGAUGCCUGAUCCAAUUGAUGCAGGACCUGACUACAAAAAAUCAAAGAGCGAGGACGUCAUGUCAUUCAUGCUCACCCUCUUCGAGCAAGCUGAUUUCCUCAAAGAAGUACAAUCACUAUUAGGAGAACGUCUCUUAACUGUAGGCUAUGAUAACACAGAACUGGAGAAGGAGAUUCGUCUUGUAGAGCUUUUCAAGGCCCGUUUUGGUUCCGAUCGUCUCCAAUCAUGCGAAGUCAUGUUGCGCGACAUACAGGACUCCCGGCGUAUCAAUACCACCCUUCGUCCACGGGACGAUCUCCCAACAGCACAAGAGAUACACAAUGCUAUUCCUGAGUCUGGCAUCAAAUAUCAGACAUUGCUUUCGAAAUUCAGAGCGCGUGUGCCGACGACGGACAAUGCUCGUCGAAGAUUCGAUAAUUUGGUCAAGUCCGUGUCCACCACGGAAGCGGGCUCGGACAUGUUGUAUCCCUCAGCCGAUCAACCUAUGUUUGGGCCUAACGUAGACACCGGAUCAUCCGUGGUCUUCUAUACUCAGAUCCUUUCCUCGUUCUUCUGGCCGAGUCUUCGAGAGGAUGACUUUGCUGUGCCGACACCAGUCUCAAAUUUGCAACGGAGCUUCGAGCAGGACUUUGAACGUAUCAAAAACUUGCGCAAGCUGCACUGGCUACCAUCAUUAGGGAAAGCCACCGUUGAGCUUGAGCUUGAGGACCGCACUGUCAAGAUUGAAGAAGUUCAGACGUGGCAGGCAAGUGUCAUCUAUGCCUUCCAAAAUGAUACUCAGGACACUUCGCUCGCUAUUCCAGCAUCUAAAUCUGUGCAAGAUCUGGAGGUGUCGUUACGUAUGGACGAAGUUCUUGUGCGCAAUGCACUCACAUUUUGGGUAGGUCACCGCGUUCUGGUAGAGCAUGAGCCGGAUGUCUUUACCGUACUUGAAAAGUUGCCGUCAGCCGACAGGAAUGGCACCUCAGCUCCUGCAGCUCAUGGACCAAUACAGACUGACACCGUUAUAUCGGCGGUGAAGUCUCAAGAUGCGGUGUUCCAAGACAACAAACCUAUGUACGAGAUGUUCAUGAUGGGCAUGCUGACUAAUGGAGGUGCCAUGGAUGCGGGACGUAUCACCAUGAUGAUGAAGAUGGUAGUCCCCGGUGGUUAUGGUUUUGGCGAAGAUGAGACAAAACUGCUACUUUAUGGUUUGGAAGAGCAAGGGAAGGUUGUCACCAACGGCAGCAACUACUCUGUCAAGAAAUGA